CCAGCUGAAGCCCGCCCACCGGCAGGUGCCCCAGCCGAGCACCAGCGGCAGGCGAAGGCUCAGCGCAGACGUGCGGGAGUCCUCCCCGAGGCGUGCGGUGCUGGUGCCCGGCCGCGCGCUCACCACCAUGGACAGCGCCCGCGAACCGGCCCCGGGGCGCUGGGACGCCGCGGGCUUCUGGCAGGUCUGGCAGCGCUUCGACGCGGAUGAAAAAGGCUACAUAGAAGAGAAGGAGCUCGAUGCUUUCUUUCACCAUAUGUUGAGGAAAUUGGGCACAGAUGAGGCCGUCUUGGAGGAAGACACGCGCAGGCUGAAACAGCGAUUGGUGACCACGCCUGAGGCCCCUACCCGCGUGCAGAUGAAAGAGCUCGCCAGUAUGUUCUUGUCUGAGGAUGAAAAGUUUCUUCUGUUCUUUCGCCUGGAAACCCCCCUGGACAGCAGCGUGGAGUUUAUGCAGAUCUGGCGCAAAUACGAUGCCGACAGCAGUGGCUUCAUAUCAGCAGCUGAGCUUCACAACUUCCUCCGAGACCUCUUCCUGCACCACCACAAGGCUGUUUCCGAGGCUAAGCUGGAAGAGUACACGGGCACCAUGAUGAAGAUCUUUGACAAAAAUAAAGAUGGUCGGUUGGAUCUUAAUGACUUGGCAAGAAUCCUGGCUCUCCAGGAAAACUUCCUUCUGCAAUUUAAAAUGGACGCCUGCUCCACGGAGGAGAGGAAGAGGGACUUUGAGAAAAUCUUCGCCCACUAUGACGUCAGUAAAACUGGAGCCCUGGAAGGCCCCGAGGUGGAUGGUUUUGUCAAAGACAUGAUGGAGCUGGUCCAGCCCAGCAUCAGCGGGGUGGACCUUGAUAAGUUCCGGGAGAUUCUCUUGCGUCACUGUGAUGUGAACAAGGAUGGAAAGAUCCAGAAGUCGGAGCUGGCUCUGUGUCUUGGGCUAAAAAUCAGCCCCUGAUCUUCACCCAGCUCCACCUUUGCCUGCGUGUCCCUCUGUGCUCCUGCUGUUGAAGUUGUCCCUGGGCUUUGCUGCUGGGGACCCAGGGCAAACUUCUCCCCUACGCGUGGCGCUCUUGGUGAGGGUGGGGAAGGCCCUCCUUCCUCUCCAGAAGCCCCCGUGCAGUGCUGCUUGGUGUUGCUUUGCCCUGGAGCCUGGGCCAGCCUGCUGGUCUGCUCUGCUCGUCCCUCCCAGGUCUGGAUGGCUGGGCCUCAGGCCGGUCAUCUCCCGCUCUCUUCCUGUGGCUUUCUGCUGAGUCGGCCGAGUGUGUGGCACCCACAAUGUAGAGAUUUCUGUGUGAAAUA